AGCGCAGGAGGCGGGGUGUUCCGGAAUACGGGUGGGAAAAGAACAUUUCUAACCACAUGACUCUGACAGCGUCACAUGACACUGAUUUUUACCAUCACAAAGAUGGCUGCCCACUUGUCUUACGGCAGAGUCAAUUUGAACAUUUUGAGAGAAGCCGCGAGGAAAGAACUUCGAGAGUUUCUGGAUAAAUGCGCUGGGAGUAAGGCUAUUGUCUGGGACGAGUACCUCACUGGACCAUUUGGGUUAAUAGCUCAGUAUUCCUUGUUAAAGGAACAUGAGGUGGAAAAGAUGUUCACACUUAAAGGGGGACGAGUGCCCUCUGCUGACGUCAAAAACAUUAUCUUCUUUGUCCGUCCGAGGUUGGAGUUGAUGGACAUAAUUGCAGAGAAUGUAAUGAGUGAGGACAAGUUGCAGCCGCCGCGGGAGUUCCACAUACUGUUUGUGCCUCGACGCAGUCUGCUGUGUGAGCAGCGUCUGAAAGAGCAGGGCGUGCUCAACUCCUUCACCAACAUAGACGAAUACAUUCUGGAUCUCAUCCCUUACGAUGGAGACCUGCUGUCCAUGGAGUCUGAGAGUGCAUUCAGGGAAUGUUAUCUUGAGAAUGACCAGACGAGCCUGUAUCACACUGCAAAAGGGCUGAUGACUCUGCAGGCUCUGUAUGGAACGAUACCUCAGAUAUUUGGUAAAGGAGAAUGUGCACGGCAUGUGGCUAACAUGAUGUUGCGGAUGAAGAGGGAAUUUGCUGGCAGCCAGAAUCAGAUCCUCCCUGUGUUUGACACGCUGCUGCUCCUGGACCGCAAUGUGGACCUACUUACGCCAUUGGCCACACAGCUCACCUAUGAGGGCCUCAUUGAUGAAAUCUAUGGCAUCACUAAUGGUUAUGUGAAACUGCCCCCUGAGAAAUUUGCUCAGAAGAAGCCAGGAGAAGGAGGUAAAGAUCUGCCGACUGAGCCGAAGAAACUGCAACUUAACUCGGCCGAGGAGCUGUACGCUGAAAUUCGUGACAAAAACUUCAAUGCUGUCGGAGCGGCCCUCAGUAAGAAGGCCAAGAUCAUCUCUGCCGCGUUUGAGGAGCGGCACAAUGCUAAGACUGUUGGAGAGAUUAAACAGUUUGUAUCCCAGCUGCCCCACAUGCAGGCUGCUCGGAAUUCACUAGCCAAUCACACGUCUAUUGCCGAGCUCAUCAAGGACAUCACCACUUCUGAAGUCUUUUUUGACAAUUUGACAGUAGAGCAAGAAUUCAUGACUGGAGUGGACACAGACAAGGUUAACACAUACAUAGAAGACUGUAUAGCACGAAAGGACCCUCUUAUCAAGACCUUCCGGCUUGUCUGCAUGCAGUCCGUCUGCAACAACGGCCUGAAGCAGAAAGUCCUUGACCACUACAAGAGAGAGAUCCUGCAGACGUAUGGGUAUGAGCACAUCUUGACCCUGAACAACCUAGAGAAGGUGGGUUUACUCAAACCGCAGAUUACCACGAGGAACAACUACCCCACUAUUAGGAAAACCCUCAAGCUGUGGAUGGAGGAUGCGAAUGAACAGAACCCCAACGACAUCUCUUAUGUGUACAGUGGAUAUGCUCCACUCAGUGUGCGGCUGACCCAGCUGCUGGCCCGGCCUGGCUGGCGGAGCAUUGAAGAAGUGCUGAAAAUGUUGCCUGGUCCACACUUUGAAGAGAGGCAGCAGCUUCCAACUGGCCUCCAUAAGAAACGUCAACAGGGUGAAAAUAGGACCACACUGGUGUUCUUCCUCGGUGGUGUUACUUACGCAGAAAUCGCUGCUCUUCGCUUCCUGUCUCAGAUGGAGGACGGAGGGACGGAGUACGUCAUCGCCACCACCAAACUCAUCAAUGGCACCAGCUGGAUCAAAUCUCUUAUGGACCGACCGGAAACUCAAAUAUCCUAAAUCUGCUCCUUUAGUUGGGUUAUUAUUGCUAUAUUCUGGUUUAAUACCCAUCUACUUCGACAUUGAGGGGCAACACAUUGGGGUCUCUCUGCAAAUACUGAAGUGGCUUGCUUUUGACUCUGUACAGGUUCAUUUUUGUGUCUUUUGUAGGUGUGUUUUAUUUUGGGUUUUUUUGAUAAGUCAGUCACUGGCAAUUCCCAGUGUCACCUCCCUUGAAAGCUUCUUAAUACCCAUUAACUGUAAAAAUAAAUAAAUAAAAAACUCCAGUAACAUCAGCCACUUUGUGAAAAUCCCCACAGGUAACUAGCCAAUGACGUGCAUUCAUCAGUAUUUCAUCACACUGCUGUCAAUCACAGUCUGAUGGGAAAGGCUACAGAAUUACAUACGCCUUUUAUGACAAGCUUUUUGGAAUAAGCCUGUUGGAACAAAAUCUCCAUAAUGUAAUGACAUAAUGUAAAAAUACCAGCUGCCCUUUACAUUAUCUGAAAAUUUCCUGAUGAGUGGACUAACAGAUAUGGCCCAGAAUAACUUGAAAUAAAAAUCCAGUCCCAUUAACUUCCAUUCAAAGUCAAGUUUGUUUUUCCUUCCCCUGAAAAGUUGCUGUUUUGGAGAUACAAAGUUUUGUUCUGACAGUGACAUUAUGUAGAUGUCAUGUAGCCUUAUGAACCCUGCAGUAAAGUGUUACCGAUUACUCUUACACUAGUGGCAUCAACUCAGCCAUUCCAAAUAAGCUAUUGUGCUGAAGUGAACAUAAAGAAUCUACAGUUACACAUUAAAAAAAUCCAGAACCUGGACAGGAAUGUGAAAUUUGCAGGCAGUUAGUAGAUUUGGCUGUGGGUUUAGUCACAUAUAAUGUGCACAUGCUGUAAGAUGAUGUUGCUGUACAGAAUGAGCAUGCAUGAUGGUAACAUAGGUGCUUACUGGCUUAGUAAAUAAAAAAUAAGUAAUGA